UCCAGGUUCAACAAAGAAGCCCCAUUCUGCUACGCUUUUGCUCUGAAAGAAUCUGGAGAUUGGGGACCGUCAUUGUUUCAAUUUCCCAAAGGAGCAGUUGGGACAAAUGGACACUCAUGGGAAAAUUAUAAAAUGCAAGGCUGCAGUUGCCUGGGAAGUAGGCAAAGCACUUUCGAUUGAAGAGAUAGAAGUUGCUCCACCAAAGUUUCAUGAAGUUCGUGUGAAGAUAAUUGCCACGGGGAUAUGUGGGACAGACAGCCAUGUUCUGACAGGUUCAUUCCCUCAAGUAGAAUAUCCUGUUAUUCCAGGCCACGAAGGAGCUGGAAUUGUAGAAAGCAUUGGUGAAGGAGUGACAUGCUUGAAACCAGGAGACAAAGUCAUCCCUCUUUGUCUGCCUCAGUGUGGAGAAUGCAACUCAUGUUUAAAAUCUAACACCAACUGUUGCCUGAAAACCCACCUCUGCGAACCACAAAACCUGAUGCCGGACAAAACCAGCCGCUUCACCUGCAAGGGGAAGCAAGUUCACCAUUUCCUUUGGAUCAGCACUUUCUCAGAAUAUACCGUCAUGCCCGACUCUACUGUUGUUAAAAUUGAUGCUGCCGCUCCUCUAGAUAAAGUCUGUCUUUUUGGUUGUGGAUUUUCCACUGGUUAUGGAGCUGCCCUCAAUACAGCCGAGGUCACGCCCGGUUCCACCUGUGCCAUCUUUGGUUUGGGAGGAGUCGGUCUCUCCGUGAUCAUGGGAUGCAAAACGGCUGGGGCAUCCCAGAUCAUUGGGAUUGACAUUAACAAAGAGAAAUUUGUAACGGCAAAAGAAUUGGGAGCCACAGAAUGCCUUAACCCUCAGGAUUACAAGAAGCCCAUCCAGGAAGUGCUGGUGGAAAGGACAGGGCAUGGUGUGGACUAUGCCUUUGAAGUCGUUGGAUGUUUGGAUACAUUGACUGCUGCUCUGGCAUCCUGCCACAGAGGCUGUGGAAUCUGUGUGAUGGUUGGUGUGCCUCCUUUAGGCUCUUGCCUCUCCUUCGAUCCUAUGCUGCUUUUUACCGGACGCACCUUGAAAGGGAGUUUCAUAGGAGGCUGGAAGAUGAAAGACUCCAUCCCUCAGUUGGUCUCCAGUUAUAUGGAGGGGAAAUUUAAUCCAGAUGCUUUAAUAACCCACACUUUGCCAUUCAGCCAGAUCAGGGAAGGGUUUGAUUUGCUUCACAUUGGAAAGAGCAUUCGUGUUGUCUUGAUAUUUUAAGUUGACGAAGCAACUCAGAUGGCUUCACCUAGAACUUCUCAUGAAGAAGGCUCUCUUCCUUGACUGUUUCUGUGUGUGUGUGUGUGUUUU